CGCUCUUUUUUGCAAAACAUAUACAGCCAGAUAUUGACUCUCAAUAUGGCCGUUUUAAAGAACAUUUUGUUUUCUAAUAGGCAAUCAGCUUCUUAAGAACUAAUUACGUCCCAUCGCUCAUAUUUCUAGCAAAAUACGAGAGGAGAAAACACAAGCGAGCGCACCGCGGAAGUGAGUCUAUGGGGCAGCUGAUUGGAGUGAGUCUAAAACGUUCUCAUCGUUGCUUUAAGUCCAGCCCUCUUCCCAGAGAGUUGUUAUUCAUACAGCGUUCCACUGUGAGGAAAAUUAUCUACGGAAUAAUGGCAGAAGUUGCUCCAGCACCCGCCGCCGCCGCGCCGGCGAAAGCACCCAAGAAGAAGGCAGCACCCAGGCCGAAGAAAACUGGUCCCAGUGUGGGCGAGCUUGUCGUCAAGGCGAUCUCUGCAUCCAAGGAGAAGAAAGGAGUCUCCCUUGCAGCGCUCAAGAAGGCUCUGGCUGCUGGUGGCUACGACGUGGAGAAGAACAACGCUCGCGUCAAGAUCGCCAUCAAGAGUCUCGUUACUAAGGGAACUUUGGUUCAGACCAAGGGCACCGGCGCGUCCGGCUCCUUCAAGCUGAAUAAGGCGAAGGCAGAGCCCAAGAAGAAGGCCGUCAAGAAGGCUGCUCCCAAGGCGAAGAAGCCCGCUGCCAAGAAGCCCGCCGCAGCAAAGAAGCCCAAGAAAGCAGCAGCUAAAAAGCCCGCGGCCGCCAAGAAAUCUCCGAAGAAGGCAAAGAAACCAGCAGUGGCUAAACCCAAGAAGGCCGUCAAGAGCCCGAAAAAGGCAAAGAAGCCCGCGGCAGCAAAGCCUACCAAGAGCCCCAAGAAGACGAAAGCGGCCAAGCCUAAGGUAGCGAAGCCUAAAGCCGCCAAGCCCAAAAAGGCAGCACCCAAGAAGAAGUAAACGACAUGAAGGCUGUCCCUAUUCAUACAAAAGGCUCUUUUAAGAGCCACC